AUGGGAUCUAUCUGUAUAAAUCAAUCAUCUAAUCCUUAUGAAGAUCUUCAUUACCCUAUAAUUAAAAAAAUCUAAAAAUUCGCUCCAGACAGAUAAAAUGCUUUAGAAAAACCAUUGAUUCAUUCUGAACUAACUGAGGAUGCUCAAGAAUUAACAUAAUUGGAAGGCAUUCUUGAAGAUCUCGAGGUUGACAAAAAGGUCAGCGAAGAUAAAAUUAAAAAUGAUGACACCACCAUUCUAAAUGAGUAGGUAAUAUAAAACAUAGCUGUGUAUGAGGCGAUCCAAAGACUAAAUGAGAUUGUAACUCAAAUUUAAUUUUAAGUAGAGUUACAAAGAAAAUGUUCAGUAAUUUAGAAAAUCAAUUCGAGUGAAUCGGAAACUCAAACAUUAAAGGGGAUUUUAAAAACUAAUAGAUCAAAAUCGAAAUCCAAGUCGAAAUCCAAUCAUUCACUUUAUAGACUAAAGUAGACGAUUACGUAAAAAAAAGUCUCAUUUGAUCCUAGAAUAUUAAGACGCAAAGCCAACAAAAUUUAUAUUUGA